UUUGCGUUAUUUUCACUGUUCGCUCUGCAAAACUCCUGAAAUAAUGUCCAAUGCCCUAAUCUAGGGUUUUAAGCUUCAUGGUAAGUACCAAUUAUUGUCCAUGCUAAAACCAAAAAAAAAAAAAAAAUUGCUUUUUAUCGUGUUUCUCCAUUCCCAUUUCUUCAACUCUAUCCAAUAUUACACCCAAUUUUCUCCAUCUCUGCUUUCAACUCUUCUUUUAAUUUUUUUUUUUUAUUUGGUCUGUUUGCUGCUGAUAAUAUGAGAAGAUGAGUAUGGUUGAACCCGGUCAUUGGGAUGGGAUUGCCACCGGGGCCAAUGGCGGCUAUGACAACUUUCAUGACUUGCUCAGUAUUCUGGAUUUUCCCAUGGAGAGUUUGGAAGGAGAUGGCUUCAAUGACGAUUGGGAUGCUAAUUUGCAAUGCCUUGGGCCAAUCCCUUCCGACGCUUUAAUGGGCUUGCAGCCAGUUCCCCAACUGUAUACUGGAAACGGGUCGUUGGGUGUAACGAUCAAGUCAGAGGCUUCAGUCGACAACAUCUCCCGGCAAAAUCAGCUGCUGAAUUAUGGUGAAAAAGCCUCUGGUGCAGCCCUUCUUUGUCCCGAUAAAUAUUCCGACCACAAAUCUGGAAUGUUUCAGACACAAACCCCAACCCGCAUCUCUGAGAACCGUGCUCUUUACUUGGGCAAAAUGAUCGAGGCCAUAAAAUCCAACUUCAUAGUCCCAGUAGGCACUCGGUCCAAACGCAUGAGAUGCUCAAAGUUCAAACCAUGGCAUUUUAUUUCUGCCAGCACCAAAAAGAAACGAGAGCGAAAGUUGUCGCAGAGAUCAAUUGCUGCAAAGGACAUCAGAAACCCACAGGCGAACCAAGCUGCAUCAGAUCCUUGUGAGCAGAAGGGACGGCAGAGUUUUCCAGUUAAAAAAUGCUUACACUGUGAAGUUACAAAAACCCCACAGUGGAGGGAGGGACCAAUGGGGCCAAAAACACUCUGCAAUGCCUGUGGAGUUCGGUACCGUUCUGGACGGCUAUUUCCCGAAUAUCGACCCGCGGCUAGCCCCACGUUCGUUCCUUCUUUACACUCCAGCUCUCACAAGGAAGUCACAGAAAUGAGAAGAAAAGCUGGGGAAGAAGGAGUGACUCAUGGUGAAUGUCAGCCAUGGUUGAGGACCCAUACAAAGUAGCCAUCUGUUUGAUUGAAUUUAGUUAGAGGUGAGAACAAUUUUAGUUUUAGGGGCUUAAGCCAUUUAUAUUAAGAUCAAAUCUUUGAUUGUAUUAUUGUUAUUGUUGUGUAUUAUGGUAGUAAGGAAGACAGGCUUUGAGUUGUACAAAAUGGAAUAAGGAUUAAGGAAGACAGGUUAGGCGCAGGAGCCCCUAGAUUUGGUAGGUAGGAUAUAUGUUUCUUUUCUGAGUGUAAUUGAAACCAUUGUAUACUUCCAAAUGUAUUAGGGAGUUGAGUUAUCUUUUU